CCCGUUGCAUAAUUUAUUGACGCAUGCGCCACACAUUGCAAUCAGCUGUCAGAAAGAACAUAAUCACGUAAAAACAAAAUUAUUUGUGUCUUAAGUUAAUUCCCGUCAAAUAUGGCGGGGCAGAAUCCAGGUUCUCCCACUGACUUUCAGUAUUUCUACGAGGAUGAGGUAUACAAGAUCAACAAUCGCGGGCAAGUGGUCUUCGGCCUGGUGCUCGAAAACUACGAAGCCAACUCCAGUGAUCAGGAGAGCGACAUUGAAACACCCGUACAAAAAGGAGAAAUUCGUGUUGUGUGGCACCCUUCGGGCACUGAGCGUGUAAUAUCGGAGAAGUCGGUUGGUUUGGCCGAUCGGUCCCUCAUGCCAGGCGACGUCGUGCGUCGUCUAAUAGCCGGCAAGGACACCCAGCGCGGCUACUGCCGCGACAUCGUCAUGACAGCGGCCCUCCAGAUCGUGGGCACCAAACAUGUCAUCCCAAGCGUAGCGAGCGAGAGGCUGCAACCCUUAGAAGAAUUCACCCCAGACUUGGCCGUGUGCCUGGACUCUUGGGUAGGCACAUCGAAGGCGGUUCACAGCAAACUCCGCCUCGUAUCAGCUGACGGGUCCAGGCUAGAAUACCCGGACCUAGACACGUGCCCGCUGGAAGACUACUCGAUGCGCCGCCGCCGCUCCACGCCGUACUCCUCGUCCGAAUUCUACCCAGGACAGGUAGUGUACGGGCCCCUCGGCUCCCUCGAUAACGCGACCUGGCUGAGCGUCACCAAGGAGAUGAAGGCGGCCAGGAAACAUAAGAUGCACGAUCACAAGUUCACCGUAGAAGCGGUGAUGACGGAGAGCGUGAGCGUCCACUGGCAGUGCCGGGCGCUGUGCACUCACCCGGAGUCGGGCGCGCCGCAUCAACCCAAGUUCCUCGUCGAAGGCGAUGAUCUGAAAAAGCUGAAACUGUUGAACGUGUUCGAGCCGUGCACGCUGCAGGUCGGCGACCGGAACUUCCUCACCAUCGGGCCCGAGGACACGUUCAUCAGCAAGAAACAGUGGAGGAAACAACAGAGUAAAUAUCACAGGAACCUCCGUAAGCAGAGCCGCCCCACAAAGAAAUCGUCCAAGUCCGAGACCAACUCGAGUGAACACGUGCCGUCCCGACCCAAGAAGCGCGCCUCGUCGCACCGCAAGCUCAAGAACACUGACCAUGAAAUGGAAGUUGACACCGGUGAGGAGAAGUUGGAGUGUCUGGACGAAGUGUUGAAGACGGACCCCAACUGCCCCAGCAUCAAGAUCGAGCCCAUCGGGGACGUGUCACUGCCCAUGGCCAGCAGCCAGGAGGACACCGCCACCGAGGAGAAGAACGACUCGGGAAUAAGUGGGCUAAGUAAAUCCCACUUCCGCAGCCCGGAGCCGACCCGCGAGGAGAGCUUCAAGUUGAACGGCGACAGCAAGUCCGAGAUUGUUGUCGCCAACGACGAUGACUCAGACAACUGGGAGAACACCAGCAGUGAUGGCAGCGAUACUGAUAGUGUAAGUGUGUGCAGCGGCGCCACGUGGUCGUCGCGGUGCUCGUCGGCGGCGUCGGCGCGCGGCAAGCGCUCGCCGCAGCUGGCCGUGCGCCUGCUGCGCGGCAAGCGGCUCAAGCGCACGCCGCGCCGCGCGCCGCCCGCGCCGCCGCCGCGCCGCAGCGACCGCGUCGUCGUCGAGACGCUGCACACCGCCAGCCGCGCCAACGUCGUCUGGCAGGACGGUACGAUAGAAAUGGGCAUACCAUCCACACAGCUGUAUCCCAUUCACCAUCUGGACGGGCAGGAGUGUUUCCCAGGGGACUUCGUCGUCAGCGGCGCGGCCAAUGUCGAGGAGAAUCAACAGCCGCCAGAAGAACAACUUGCCUAUGAGAUGCUGAAGCACAGGGAAUAUGGUGUGGUGCAACGCGUUGACCAUCACGGACGCACUGCUAUUGUGCACUGGUACAGGACCUACACCAGCACCGAUGACCCAGUGCCACAGAUGCUACACGAGAGCGAAGUGAGCGUUUACGAUCUGAAAGACCACCCGGACUUCCAGUACCGGCCUGGCACCGUCGUCAUUCGGGUUGCCAAUUUCACUGGCGAGGAUGAGAAGUGCACAGCUGGGCAGGUCAUCGAUAAUUACCCAACUGGUCGCGUCAAGGUGUGGUGGGUGGAUGGACACACAAGCAUGUGCUGGCCCCAGGAUCUGUACAAGGUCCAGGUGGGCGAGUACGACUCCGAGGAGGGUGAGCUGUGGGGCUCGGACGGGUCGGGGUCGGAGGACUCGUGGGAGACGCAGAGCUCGGCGCACGAGCCCGACACGCGCUCGCCCGACUGCGUACUCGCCUCGCUGCCCGCGCACACCACGCUGUACGUCAACACCGAAGCGCAACAGGCGGCCGGUGGCGAAGCCAUCGACGUGGGUUCUGAAAAAACGAUCAAGGUCAACGUGACGGUGGAGGACGUGGAUGUGGACGUGGCGGCGGCUGGCGGCCCCAUUCCCGUGCCGCGCCUGCUGGAGCCGCGCGUGGCGGCGCACAUCGAGCGCGGACGCGUCGCCAUGCGUCGCCUCGAGGAGAUGUUCGCACGACACCCUGCACUGCAGAGCCAGGAGAUUAUGCGAAAAUUGCUCAACUUAUACAAAGAUUGCCGUUUCCUGGACCGUCUGAUGGGUACAUCGUUCUUCCAUGAGGAUCACUUUUUGGGUCUCCUGGAGCGUGUGCGCGAGCGCGGGGCGAGCACGCCGCGCGCGGGCGAGCGCCGCGUGCACGAACAGCUCGCGCGCCUGUUCGCGCACGAGCCCGAGGACCACGAGGACCCCCCCGCGCCGCCCGGCCGCGCACUCAUACACUCCAACCUUACCGUAGAGCCCAUGGAGAUUGAAGGCGACAACUCGAAGAAACUCUUUGCUGACGCGGCAGAACCAGCUCAAGCUUCUGGCUCGGAUGUACCUAGCAUGCAGGAUAUGCCUAUUGAUAACCUGUCCACAGACACGAACGACGUGGACGGCGCCACACGCAACGUGUGCUACAAGCUGUGCUCGCUCAUACACACACAGCUCGUGAAGGCGCACGCCGAGGUCAGCCGGAGGCGGCCGCAAGAGUUGGCCGAAUUCCUUAACAACUUAAUGAAACAGAAAGACGCGUCUGAGGAGAACUUACUCUACCACUUUUCAGUUCAGUACGGUGCUCUUGUGGUGAACAUGGGUGAUGAGGAUGAGAAGGAGGAGCCGAAGCCGAUGCCCGAGGAUGCUGACGUCAAGGACGCCACAACAACCACCAUCGUUGCUAAAACCGAUGGUGACAACGGCCAAGCUGUAACAGAGGCUCCACUGGCCAGCGUGGAAGGCAUGGAGGCCGAGGUGGCGGACACGGGGCCCGAUGAGAUCGCCGGCGAGGGCUUCAGCCUGCUGGAGUUCGCGCCGGCCGCUCACCGCUUCCGCAUGUCCAUGCUGCAGCCGUCCGACCCGCGCUCCUUCUACUCCGCCGUCAAGCGUGAGAUCAAACUGCUCAAGAGCGACCUGCCGCCUGGCGUGUGGGUCCGCGGAUACGAGAACCGCAUCGAUCUGCUGUCGGUGAUGAUUGCCGGCCCGACCAAGACCCCGUACGAGGACGGGCUGUUCGUGUUCGACGUGCAGCUCGGCGGCGAGUACCCGCGCGCCCCGCCUCUCUGCCACUACCACUCAUACUGCAGCGACCGCCUCAAUCCCAACCUCUACGAAGACGGAAAGGUUUGCGUUUCCCUUCUCGGCACAUGGUCCGGCCGCGGCGUGGAAGUGUGGGGCAAAGACAGCUCUCUACUGCAGGUGAUCGUCUCACUGCAGGGCCUCAUUCUCAAUUCUGAGCCAUAUUUCAAUGAGGCCGGAUAUGAAAAACAAAAAGGCACUCAACAAGGCAACGAGAACUCGCGCAUGUACAACGAGAUGGUGCUGCUGAAGCUGGUGCAGUCCAUGACUAAGAUGGUGCUGAACCCGCCCGAGCCGUUCCGGCGCGAGAUCGUGCAGCACCUGCGCGCGCACGCGGCCGCGCUAUGCCGCCGCCUCGAGGGGCUCGUGGCGCUGUCCCGCGGCGAGCCCGCGCCCGGCGCCGCGCUGCCCGCGCCGCCCGACUACCCGCUGGUGCCGGCCUCGCGCGGCUUCUGCCUCACGCUGCGCUCGUCGCUCGACGCCUUCCGCGCCGCGCUGCGCCGCAACGACAUCCACGUGCCGCCCUCCACGUUAUAGCCGCUGCGCUAAGCGCCGCCGCCACCUCCACACCACUAGUGCGUCUGUCGACCCAUCCUAUCGUCUGUAUCGCCCCCGGUUUCCAUUCACUUUACAUAUUCGAGUAGUAGAACCGACACCGAAGCACUGGCCGGUGUCGGUCCCCGCGAUGUCCCUUUUACGGUUUAAUAAAAUAAAUAAAAAUGUCGUAGCUAUAGUAUUUAUUGUGAUGUACUUUUCGAUUAUAGGAAUAUUUUAGAUGUUCGACCUGAGCUGUUAGGUCUAUUAUUGUUAUUAUUUUUUUUGUUUGUUUCUCACGAAUAAAAAUUACAUAUUCCGAGUUCUCUCUCAUCAUUAAGUAUUUUAUCAUUAGUGUCGAAUGCAUGAAAGUCGAAUUGGUUGUUCAUAUUGCUAGUCAAUAUGAAAUAAACAGGUUCUCUUUAAUAUUUACAAAUCAAAUUCUAAAUAAUAAAUGUCGAUCUUAUGCGAAUGAUAUGAUUAUUAUUAGAUCUUUUAAAUAUUAGAUUAAUAUUAUUUAUUUGUAACAUGUUAUGUCUACUUAUAAAUCAACAGCGUUAUGGGUACUUAUUUGAAAAUUGCAUACUUUUUACGAGGAGAUGCUUUUUUGCUGUUGUUCAAUUUUGCUACACGGAGUGUUGUUACUAUGCUAAUGAUUUUAGAUACGCGCCUAGAUUAUGAUACGUUCUCAUCCGUAUGUUUGUUUUGUAAUUCAAUGCGAUAAUGUUAUCAUUUUGUGAACGAACGUGCGACUGUUGUGGAUAGCAAUGUUUUAUUUUGUACGUGUGUUAUGUGUGCGUAAAUACUUUCAUUCAUUUUUGUAUGUAAUUAUAAUUAUAAUAUUUCAUUUCAUUUUAUACAGCGGGAUAUCUUUAAUGUGUUGUGAUAAUUAGAUACUAUUUCAGUAAAAUUUUCACUAUUCAACAAUCUUAGUCACUUAGUGUUUUGGCUUUACAACUGCAAGCACCCAAUAUAAGGUAUAUUGAAUAGUUUCACUCGCCUAACUGUCUAUACUAUCGGUUUCUGUGCAAAAACAAAAUAAAAAAAAAAGAUUUUUUAUUUAUUUAUAAUUAUUUUAUUUAUGUGGUGAGCCCAUAUUAUUAUUAUGGCGUUAGUCACAAAAUGUUUCUUCACGAAGAAAUGCCGUUGUAGUCUAAAUUGUAUUAGUAUUAUUAACCAGUGUUACCUAUUUCAGUAGUGAUAAUUCAAAAUUGGUCUACUCGUAUUAUUUUUGGGUUAUUGUGUUAGAAGCGAUCCCGUGUUUAGUGCUUGUAGCGUUGAAUUGUACGAGUCCAUAGCUGCGCCGGCGCCGCCGCGCGGCAGCACAAAUACAAUGUAAUUUCAUGCCAAAGUCAAUUGAGCUAUGGAAGGCUUUUGUCGCUUGUGUACGCGAGAUAAGUGACAACUGUGUAUAAUGAUGAUAUAAUAAAUAAUUCUUCGACCUUA